UAGAUUCUCCAUUUUUCUCCUACUCUCAAUUGUCCCUUGGCAUGAGCGAGCGUGUCCCUGUGAUGGACUGGAGAUCUGUCUAAGGUGUCCCGCACCUCUUUCUGGUUUAGUUGGACACCAGCUCCCCACGACCCUAUUGAGGGACAAACAACGCUGACAAGGACAAUGGACCAACAACACAUUGAGACACAGACAGAGUUUUAUACACAGGGGCAGGAUGAUUGGGAGAUGAGCUGCAGGUGCGUGGGGAGAGAGAAACCUGGUGAAAUCAAUUUACUAAUCAGGGAGAGGAAACUAAACUGAGGAGGGGAAAUAAAACAUGACCUAUGAAUAUUAACCAAACCUAAAGACUAGAAGAUCAAGACAAAUAACUAGUGAUCUAAGGAGGAAAGGAGAACUAAUAAACCGGUGGGGAAGGACCAAGGAAGGAACAUAGAAGAAAACCUGAACCUAUGAAACUACAGGGAAAAAGUAGCUAGAUAAUUUAAAUACAAAGAAAACUAAAUACCGUAAGUAAACCUGGGAAACCUGGUGGGAGCUGGAGACAAGCAGGGGCACAGGAAGCUUAGGUACACAUGAGGGGGAUCCUAGAGGGACACCUGGAGGGGUUGGAGACCUAAAGGGGCACAGAAACCUAAGGGGAGAACAUGGAGUGGGGCUGGGGAACACAAGGAGGCACAUGAGGGGAACCUAGAGGGGGGCUGGAGAACACAUGAGGGGGACGCAGGAAGCAGACCAUGACAGGUUGAUGAUGUAACUUAAAAGCAAAAGGAUUAUGUGUGACCUUUGACCUUCAACACUCCAGAGGGUACAUCACAUAAGCAGAGAAAAAUAAUGCAAAUCAAUUGUUGUGAGCAAAUGCCACACAGUAGUCACACUUCUCAGCCCCCCAACAAACCAACCGACCAACAAACAACAAAAAGCGCACUACUCACAUGCUCUCUGCUUGCAUUUCCUGUGUGAAAAGCAUUUCUUCCGUGCGCGUGUGGGUUCUAACCCAAUUUAGACUCAAGAGGUGGCAGGAACGUCAGUAGUUAAUGGUGAAAGACAAGACCUUGUUCUUUCCUACACACAUAAUCGUGUUCUGUUGCCUCAGUAGCUCUAAAACUCAGCGAUAACACGUAAAUAGGACCAAACCGCGACACAGGUGGGAUGGUGAAUGUUUCAAGCUAUUUUGGCAUCAGCUGCACCGUGACAUGCUUCAUGCUCUGGAUUUUCUGGCCAGCAGAAGCAACAAUCCUCACCAAGGUGGGCGAUGGAGUGAAACUGACCUGCAGCAACAACUCGCUCAGCGGACUGAAUCAGCUGACAUGGAAAAUGAACAAACAAAUGCUGUUCAGCUUAAAAGAAAAAGGAAAUAGAAUCCACAACUCUACACUAGCGGCCGAUCUCGACUUAAAAGUGUUGAAAUCGGAGAAUGAACUGUACAGCCUCGUCAUAAAGAACAUCCAGACGUCCCACACAGGAAACUACACAUGUGAGACGAGCACAGAUUCAGGAGUCUUUGAGGAAAAUUGGGAACUUGUUGUUACAGAGGAAGAUAAAAGCUCCUCUACAUCACUGAUUGCUAUUGUGGCUGCUGCUGUUUUUGUAUUCGUCCUGGUAAUAAUUGGAAUCGUUUUGAUGUGUUUUGGGCAGUGGAAAUGGAAAAAUGAAAAUCCUGCAGUUUCAGUGAGGGUAAAAAGUAAAAGAAUUAUUAAGCAACAACCAGAAGAAAUUUACGAGAACGACUUGGAGAUCGAGCAGCACGCUCAGACUUCUCGUUCAGGGCGGCGUUAGGCCCGGCUACUUGGGCUCAAGCCCCGAAUGUUUUAUGAAAAGACUAGUGCGUGUCACGUGUGUGUGUGUGCGCGCACGCACGCGCGUGUGUGUUAAGCCCCGGAUCUUCUUCAGUCCUAAAUCUGCCCCUGUUCUCGUUACAAACACAAUACCUAAACUGAUUCUGCUUUAAGGACAAACUUUCAUUCAUCUGUCAUGUUUAGGACUACUGAGGGAAUAUCUACCUGUCUGGCGGCAACUGACUGUGGCUCUUAUGUCCCGUUAUUAUUGCUUGACCUCUCUGCAGCAUUUGAUGCAGUUGACCACACACAUCUCUUGAACAGGCUGGAGGCGCUGAUUGGAGUCACAGGGACUCCUUUAGACUGGUUCCACUCCCACUUGACAGAAAGAAGCUUUAGUGUCCAUCUAGGUGACUGCUCUUCAUCUUUUGUGCCACUUCCUUGAUAGGGUGCCCCAGCGGUCUGUUCUGGGUCCACUCCUUUUUUCUAUUUACAUUCUGCCACUGGGAAACAUUUUGGCAAAGCAUGGCUUGCACCACCAUCUUUAUGCUGAUGACUGUCAGAUCUAUCUGGCUCUAAAUCAGUCAAGAUCAACAAAUGUGCUUCAUGAGUGUCUCCUGGACAUUAAGACAUGGCUUGCUUCUAAUUUUCUAAUGUUAAAUGACAAUAAGACUGAGUUUGUUCUAUUCAAACCUAAACACACUGUGCAUACAUCUGAUGACUUUGAUCCAUCUACCCUUAACCUUAAAACCUGUGUGAUUAGUCUUGGUGUUAAGGUAGAUGCCCACCUGACAAUGUCUGCGCAUGUUAUUGCUACUGUUAGAUCCUGUGUUUUCCAGCUCCGUUACAUAACCUGUCUAAAACCUAGACCCCUCCAGGUCAUUGAGGUCUGCUGGGGUCUUGUUCUGCAUUUGAGUUAUUUAUGGUCUUAUUUUUGAUCUUAUAGGUUUCUCUGACUGUUAACUCAUUCACUGCCAUCGACGACAAAAGUCGUCAUUUUAAAUCCAAACUUUGAAAAUUGCUGGCAGCGAAGGGCUUUACUGAUCAGGAAAAGUCUGGCAGUGAAUGAGUUAAUAAACACGAAUGUAAUGAACACAUGCGCCAUAAACGCUGAACAAAGGCGCAAUGAACAUGCUUAAAAAACUAUUUAUUAAUAAACACAAAUGUAAUGAACACAUGCGCCAUAAACACUGAACAAAGGCGCAAUGAACAUGCUUAAAAAAAUAUUUGUUGACUCAUUCACUGCCAUUGACGACAAAAGUCGUCAUUUAAAAUCCAAAUUUUGAACAUUGCUGGCAGCAAAGGGCUUUACUGAUCAGGAACAUCUGGCAGUGAAUGAGUUAAUAAACACUAAUGUAAUGAACACAUGCGCCAUAAACACUGAACAAAGGCGCAAUGAACAUGCUUAAAAAACAAUUUAUUAACUCAUUCACUGCCAUUGACGACAAAAGUCGUCAUUUUAAAUCCAAACUUUGAAAAUUGCUGGCAGCAAAGGGCUUUACUGAUCUGGAAACGUGUGGCAGUGAAUGAGUUAAUAAACACUAAUGUAAUGAACACAUGCGCCAUAAACACUGAACAAAGGCGCAAUGAACAUGCUUAAAAAACAAUUUAUUAACUCAUUCACUGCCAUUGACGACAAAAGUCGUCAUUUUAAAUCCAAAUUUUGAACAUGGCUGGCAGCAAAGGGCUUUACUGACCAGGAACGUCUAGCAGUGAAUGAGUUAAACAUGCACUCUCUGUAUGAAGGUGAAUUUUAAUCCUGUGUUUUUGUGUGUGCAUUUUUACCCUGCAGCCCUUUGGUCAGCUGACACGCUUUUAUUAAAGGUGUUUUUGUCAAUAAAUAUAUAAUAUUUGUUGUUUUGCUUUAAUAAACAUUGAAAAAAAGAGAAUGAAAAUCCUUUUUAGUCUCAUUGUCAUCUGAUCAUUUUUUCACUCUUUAAAACAGGAAAGAACAAAGAAAACUGCAUGAUGUCAUGGAGCAGUAUUUAACAGGUAUUUCUGAUCUAAAUGUGAAUUUUCACUCAGGAAAAGAUUAAAAUAUAAUAACCAUGACGAAACUGUGUAAUCAGCUGAUUGAGCGCCACUUGAGCUUGUGCUUAAAAAAAAUCAAGAACAGGAAAUGGUCAACUGUUUACCCAGAGACACAGUGAUUGAGGUGAUGUGAAUAAAAACAGAGAGAAUUUAGAGGGCCUUAAAAAAAAUAAAACUGUCUCAAUGAAAUUUUCACAAACAACAAAAAGUCCCAGAACUCCAUAUGAACUCUGACUAUUUUUAUAUUUAGAAAAAUGUGUUUACAGCAGUCAGAAUGGGCUAAGUUUUACAUUCUUCACAUUCCCUGGCGAUUCCCUAUUGUUUAUACUAAGCUGCCUCUUAAAAAGGCAUAAAAGGAGAUGACUGGCCACUAAAAACACAGAGGCAGACGAGGGUCAGUUAGUUUCUUUUAUUUUGUAUAAAAAAAUCCAAACAAAACAGCUAAAACAGACUAAAGCACAGACGGCAUACAAAGGUUAGAUAUGACAAUAAAGUCAUGAAAUAACAGUAACAUUUUAACAGAAUAUUCAGUUCUUCAUUCUAAAUCUGCACUUUUCUUCUUUUUUAAGAAGUACUUUUAUUCAAGCAUUUCUACCCAAGCACUCUUUCGAUGACCACACACUGACAAAAGUAGACCUUAUUGGUCCAGGAAUAGUUUAAAGAUUUUGGAUUGAGUUAAAAAUAGAAGAAAACGGUAAGUUGCCUUUAUGUGUUUGUAAACUGCCUUCUUAGGGUUCUACAACGACAACCACAGCUGUCCUGCGGCGCACUGACAAAUGUGAAGCCUGACGAAUACUGGCUCCACCGGUCCCCUCAACCAGUAGUAUUUCUACAAAAAUACUUGGAGGUCCUAAACACAGAUGUAGAAAAAAACCUACUCCUUUAAUUUAUGGUGAUACCCAAAACCUUCUAUUUAAAUAAUGCAUUUCUUAUAGCUGCAAUAUGGAGUUUUCCCCUUUCAAGAAUUAUGCAUGAUUGAAAAAAAAAUCCAUACAUGUGAUUGUUUUAUCAUGUGGUAUGAUAAAAUGUAAGCAGUACUUUUUGUUUUGGCUAAUCCCGCGCCUUGUCCCAUAGAACUCAAUGCAAUAUCAACUGAACGCCGAUCAGCACUAACCAAUAGCUACCAAUAGGCUACCGAUUACGUACAGGCAUUAAUCACAGACCGUGCUCGAGCGUUUAGGGACGAAUCUCGGCUGAUGCAGAGUUGGCGACCAUUCUCAUGGACAAGUAAGUCUUUAAAAUAUAAAUACAUGAAUACAACCCAUAACACGAGCAUCUCUGUUUGUCAGCUAGAGGAGCGCAAUCAUGAAUGAGUGGCACUGCUUUCGACCAUAAAUACAGAAGUGAAAACCAAGGCUUGGUGCAAUACAUUUGUCAGCCACUAGAUGGUGCCAUCAGGUAAAAUCUAUUAUCCAGAGUCUCACUUUAAAGACAACAACACUGUGACAAUCAUUAUCAAAACCAUCACAAACCUACAAUAUUACCAUUUCUAACGUAUAGUGACGUUAUUGUAACAAUAACUGUAUUUACAAUGACAGUUAAUAUAAUAAUGAUGAUUUUACAUAAAAGUUGAGCUUCCUGGUCAGAGUUUUCAGGCAGCAGCUUUUAGCAGCAAAUCCUUAUUAUUUUGCUUCAUUUCUUUCCUUUGCUGAUGAUGAUUGGGUCAUAACAUGUUGUCAGUCAGUCAGUAGCUACUCUAAUAACAGGGUUGUUGCUGGUUUAUGUUUUAGAAUCAACUUUACAUGAUGAGUGGAAUAAUUCAAAGUAGAACCAAAUAUGAACACAUGAAUGAUUCCGGCAUAUUUUCCUUCACACGUAACAUGAGACCACACAAAUGAGAAUGUGAAAAUGCCUUCAAUUAAAUAAAGCAGUAAGUGAGUAAACACAGCAUGAAAAAUAAUUUCAUGUGACAGUCAGAAAAUGAAUUAAACAUAUUAGCACUAAACAAAAAGAGGUUUAAAAAUAUGGGAUGACAGAAUAAAAAAUGUAAAA